GAUCCCAACACAAUAUCACCUCAUGUUGUGCAUACUGUCAAGCUGCGCCAUUAUUACGUAAUCUGCAAUUGAGGGACUUCCAUAUAGACCAGUUCGUAGUUACAUCAGGGACAAUUUUGGUCAAAUGACCUUUCAUUUAUUUCAUUAUGAUAGGCAGAUUUCAAAGCAGGAUAUAACAUAUGCAUGCCUUACAUAGCAGGAUGAAGAAAUUGAAUUAUACCAGGUGACUAGAAUAGCACAACAUUGAAGACUCCAUGAAGGUAUUUGUUGCAUUUCUACUUUGAAUGCAUAUUAUAGCAUGUUGUACAAUGUACUUGGCAAACUGCAGUGAAAUACCAGUCGUGGACGCAUUUUUGUUCUUUGUGGAUGCAAAUGAAAAACACAAUUGAAAAUAAUAUAUGAAUAAUCAAGACACCAAAGUUGGUGCUUAUCUCAUUAAAUUUUAAACCACCAUGCCACUUUAGUACAAAUGACCUUUCUCUGAUCAUGCGCAGAAUCUUCUGAUCAUGUGCAGAAUGGAACUACGAACUGGCUUAUUCCAAAUAGAUGCUUCAAUCCGGGCUUGCAACAACCUAAAUUGCUCAGCUGGAAAACCACACUUGUUCUUGAAUCUUCCCACCAGAAUUACAAAACUUUGGCAACCUUAGACAGUUUCCUACAUGCACACCAAAAAUGGACAUACCGGGCGACUACACAAUGACGAGGGAGGAAGCUCUAAGUUUCUUGAGAGAUGUCUUGAUGAUAGAGUCCGCAGUCUCCAAGCUCCAAUCGGACAAACCCAUUUUCCUCGAUGAGUUGAUCACGGCCAUGGGACAUCACAUCCCAUACCAGACUGUCAAAGGCAUCGCAACGCACCCGGAUAAUCGGAUAUUACCAACGGCAUCGGAUAUCAAGAGAGAUAUAACUUCCAAAGUUGGAGGCCUUUGCUAUCAACUCAAUAUAUUCUGCUGGAUGUUGCUUCGCGCUCUCGAUUUCGAUGCUUUUCUCGUCUCGGGUGACUACAUGCACUACAAAGACCAACACGUUGUGAUUAUUAUUGAUAGCCUUACUGGGAACGGUUCAAAACAUUUCUUCGAUGUUGGAUUAGGUUAUCCGACUCUUCAACUGAUUCCUCUUGAUUUCGAGCAGGAAUCGCCUGUAUACUUCGACUCCUACAUGCGAUAUCGAUUCGUCCGUCAAGGAACCAAGGUGCUAACCCUCCAGCUAAGCGUUGAAACAAAUCCAGCUCAAGCUUACCAUGUGAAGCCAGAAUACAUCUGUGAUGGUUGGAUUUCGUUUAUUUUCAUCUACGUCGACCACCCGGUUACAAUUUCCCAUUUCAACAAUUCGAUGACGGAUAUCUUCACGGUUGCUGAUCCGGAAAACUGCUAUCUAACCAGCUUGCGUUGUUUGACCUACCCAAAUGGUCGUCUUACGUGCAUCAAGGAUUCAAAACUUCUGCUCAAGGACGAAGAGCAUCGGGUGCAGGUUACUCGCUUCCGGUCACGUGAUGAGGUAUUGGCCGCCUUUGUCAGAUAUUUUCCACAAUUGCCUGUCGACAUGGUGAAAACUGCGAUAAAAGAUUUUGAAUUUGCCUUUGAAAGGAAAUAAAAUGUAAACUUGUAGGAUUUUUUUACUCAAUUCUUGCAAGUUUUAUAUAUUUUUUUUUUCGAAUGCUGCAUGAACUUCUAAAGGGUUUUGUAACUUCGUGAUGUUGAAAUCGUUGAACACCAACAACUGACAGUAAGCAAAUAGCUACCAUUGGUAUACUUUAUGGGACAAACCUCCUGCAUGCUUGGGUCUGUGGCCCGUAACACAAAGCUUAUAGCAAUGAUCGUAGAAUAAUUUUCUAUAUACGAUUGAUUCCAUUGACUACAUUGUACUAUCAAUCGUAGAAAUCAAGCGUACAAUUGAUCGUUAACGUUUGUGUUACGAGACUUUGGCUGGCUGAGAGCAGUUUGUCAGUGAAGUCUCUGGAAAGUCCAUUCUCAAAACACUGUCCGGUUGCAAAGUUCAAAUACUCUUCCACAAAUUAUAUUAUUAAACAAAAUUAAUGAGCUUCUGUAAGUCAAAGUUUGGCGUAGUCAGUAAUUCCUAAUAACUGUCAACUCGUAUUAAAUAUCACAGAAUGUAUCACAUAAAGUCUUUAGACUUCUUUUCCAGCAUCUUUUUAUUUUUUGUCUGGCCUUUAAGAAAUAGUGGAGGCUAAUGGACACAAUCAAAUUAUCGCCGAGCGUGUGUAAAACGGUCAAGAACUGAUAUUUGGGUUAUCACCUUUCUUAUUCUUCAGUUAUUUCUUACUCUUCCCCACGACGUUUGGUCGCUAAAAAGAAAAAAAGUUUUGCCGUUUUAGCACGAGGAUCACUAAGCUUUCAGUGUCACGGAUCAAUUUUCACUCACCAUUACUUAGUAUUAAGAUGUCUUUUACGACUGGAUUUAUAUGUUAUUGUCCCCGGACCAGCAUAUGGCUUUAUUAUAUUGAUAACGAAACAGAAAACGCGAAACGAGUAUUCAUUAUGAUGCAGAAGAGAGAGAGAGCUUUAUUGUUAUGAUUAUAUAAAGACGAUGAUUUUUAUGAAAAUAAUAUUACCAGGAAUGAUAACAAAAGCAGCAAUGAAAUACAAUUCAAGAUAACAAUGAUAACAACAGCAACAAUAAUAAUAAUGAUGAUAACAUAAUAUUAAUAAUGAUGAUGAUAAUAGCAAUACUUACAGUAAUCGAACAAAGAAAAUCCGAUGGUUAAAAUAACACUGCGAGUACAUUUUGGUUUAAAAGUUAAUAUGAAACUAUGUCAAUGUAUAGGUUCAUAAAUUCAAAUUCUCUGAAAGUUGAGUUUAUUUUCAUAACAGGGAAGAAAAUAAAUCGGCUGUUCAAAAAUUCAGAAAAAUUCGGAAGCAUGGGCUUAGAUUGUAACCAUUUAAAAUAAUUGCCAUAAGAUUAUAUUGAACUUUAAGACAUUUUGGACUAGCUUUUUUACCUAAUGUAUAGCUCACAUGAUUAUACUAUUCGCAUCCGUUGAUCAAGUUUGUUUGUUUGUUUGUUUUUUACAACAAAAAUCAGGAAUUUAUGACUCCAGACCUGUCACAUGAACAUUGGUUAUCAUUUUCAAAUGAUAGCCAAGGUAUUUCACGAUUUGAAAAUACUCUUGAUAUAGACUGUAAGAGGCUUUUUCAACAUACUCAAUGCAUACGUAAUAUACCAUUUUCAAGUAACAAAGCUAAACAAAAAUUAAACUAUAGGUUUUACCUUCACUCUAAACCAAUGUGAGUAGAUAUCAAAAUAACAAAAUAAAAGAACACUCUUGAAAAUAUUGUCGAUUCUCUUGUCAUUUUAAAUAGAGUUUAUUAUUUUGUCCUCCGCUGUCAGUGUUAGUUUCUUGGUAAAAGGCCUACAAUUAUGUUAUAACAAUAUUAGCCUAGUGGUGUGUGCAGACAAGUGAACAGUUGACAUCCUGAAUUCAUUAAUAAUUUUAAGUCAUAUUCUAUGAAAUCUCAAAUAUUCUCUUUUCAUAUAUAGAUGGUAAUAUCGUUAUGGAUAACACUUAACUCCUUUUAUAAAUCAUCUAUGUAAGACAUUAUCAAAAAAUAGUGGUGUAAUAUACAAAUUGAAAUCCUUUUUCUCUACUGAUAUUCUUUGUAUGAUGUAUUCAACACUAAUUCUCCCGUAUCUCAAUUACGGUGUUCUUGCAUGGGGUAAUUCUCUUAAAACCAAUCUAGAAAGGGUGUACUUGAUUCAGAAAAGAGUUUUAAGAAUUGUUUGUAAUGUUAACUAUCGCUCGCAUACUACCCCACUUUUUUAUGAGCAUAGAAUUCUAAAAUUACAAGAUAUCUUUGAUUUUCAACUUGGUACUCUAAUGUAUGCAUACAAUGCAGGCAUCAUGCCACCAGCUCUGGUCACAAUGUUCAUGAAAAAUAGUGACAUACAUAACUAUUAUACACGAAAUGCUUCUGCAUUCCACUUACCCAAGUUACAUACAAGUUCUGCUUUUAGGACAGUUGUAAAUACAGGACCCAGGUUUUGGAACUCUCUCAAUUCAAAUAUAAAAAAAUCGGUAAGCAUUUAUACUUUUCAGCGUGUACUUAAAGGUUAUCUUCUUAAUUGUUAUUUGUGAGUUGCUCUAUAGGUUAAGAUAUGCUUUUAUAUACUAUGUUAUUUUUAAUUUUGGAGCCUAUAAAACUGUAUAUAAGACUGGAGAAUGUUAUGAUAUAUCAAUAUAUAUUUAUCUUGUAUCUUGUCUAACUGGAUUCUUCUGCAGAGGGUCAGCCCACGUUUUUUUCCUUUUGUAUUCUUUUCUUGUGUUUCUUUUACCUUUGUCAUGUUUUGUUUUUUACUUUACUAUUAUUAUUUAUACAUACGAUCGUCCUCUUUUUUUCAUGCCAUGUUAUCCAUACUUAUUUCCUCUUCCAUCAUAUAUCACUUAAUUAUAUCAUAUUGUUGUUAGUUUAUUAGACUUCAUAACUGUACAUUCAAGCAAUGUAUUCUAUUAGUGUGUUUUUUGUCAUUGAUUAGUUUUAGUUUGUCUUUUUUGUUUUAUUGUUGCAUUUUUUUUUCUUUUGUAUUUUUAAAGAUAUUACAUGUCAACACUGAAUACUAUUCAGUCAUGUACUUGAAACAAAGGAGACCCUAGCCUUACAAGCCUUGCUUUUUCAGGGGUUCUCCUUGUCUUUCUCUCAAUACGUUUAGUUAUUUGCUAUGUUUCUUUUUUUUCUACUGUAACAAUGAUUUAUGGUUAAUUGAUUUUGUUCAUUUGUAGAAUGUGAAAUCAUACUUGUAAGAUAAAAUGUAUGUGCAGAAAGAAAGACGAAUAAAUAUCUUAUCUUAUCUUAUCUUAUCUUAAAUGGUUACAAUAUUAUGAUGACAUUCUCGCACAUUCCAUGGAAUUUAAUAAUAUUUUCCGUUCUUGGAGUUGUUAAAAAAAAAGAACUAAUUGGCUACUACUUUAGCCUAAGCUUAAUUAACUGUUUUAUGAAACAUUGAAAACUAUGCAAGAAAAUAACUUGAUUUUUUUGUUUGAGUAGUUUAAUAUAAUUUUCUGCUUAUGUGUCUGGGGGUCCCUUUGUUGCAUUCAAUUUAGAAGGUUAAUAUUCUAGACAAUUAGAAAUUAAGUAUUUUCAUCCUUACAUUGAGCCGUAGGGAUUAGGAGUGGAUAUAUUGCACGAUGGGAUAUAUUACAUGAUUGCAUAUUAAUGCAUGAUACAUGUAUAUACAAAUGUAUUAUCGAAUUCUGUUUAGCUGA